AAGUCUUUUUGUUUUAUUUCGUAGCUGAUCCACUUCGAUUCUUCCUCCCUUUUUAAAAGUUGUGGCUUUUUGAGGUAUUUCGUGAAAGCUCAGGCCUUUCUGAUCAGAUACGUGAUAUAUAAAUCUGGAAAGAAACUAUUUUCCACGAGGAGAGUUCCACUGGGUUUAAUAUUCGUUUGCUGGGUUUAAUCAAUUUGUCUCCGUCGAGAUGGGUUCUGCUAUGGAAAAUUGCAACGGUGGGAUCUUAAACGGCGACGUUUUGGGUUUCUCUUCUAAGCGUGAGAAGCUCAUUAUUGAUACUGACCCAGGAAUCGAUGAUAGCAUGGCGAUACUGAUGGCGUUUCAAACACCGGAGCUGGAAAUAUUGGGGCUGACUACUGUGUUUGGUAACGUUUCAACACAAGAUGCUACACGCAACGCCUUACUCCUGUGUGAGAUUGCUGGCUUCCCUGAUGUUCCUGUUGCAGAAGGAUGUUCAGAACCUGUAAAGGGUGGAAUUCCUCGUGUUGCUGAUUUCGUGCACGGUACCAAUGGGCUAGGAGAUGUCUCUGUUCCUCUUCCGAGUUCAGAGAAAUGUGAGAAAAGUGCAGCUGAGUUUCUAGUUGAAAAGGUCUCAGAAUAUCCUGGUGAAGUCACCAUUCUCGCCCUCGGUCCUCUAACCAACCUCGCAAUUGCCAUUAAACGGGAUAGUUCAUUUGCGAGUAAGGUGAAGAAAAUUGUUAUACUUGGUGGAGCCUUCUUUGCUUUGGGAAAUGUCAAUCCAGCAGCUGAGGCAAAUAUAUAUGGUGACCCUGAAGCAGCAGAUAUCGUGUUCACAUCUGGAGCUGAUAUCACUGUUGUUGGGAUUAACAUCACAACUCAACUUAAACUAACAGAUGAUGACCUCUUGGCGCUGCGUAACUCCAAGGGGAAACACGCAACAUUGUUAAGCGACAUGUGUAAAUUCUACAGAGAUUGGCAUGUCAAAUCUGAUGGUGUUUACGGAGUGUACCUCCACGACCCGGUCAGCUUUGUUGCUGUAGUAAGGCCUGAUCUAUUCACAUAUAAGAAAGGUGUUGUUAGGGUGGAGACUCAAGGAAUAUGCAUUGGCCACACGCUCAUGGAUCAAGGCCUCAAGAGAUGGAAUGGGAGCAAUCCAUGGGUUGGAUAUUCACCAGUAUCGGUGGCUUGGACGGUAGAUGUAGACGGAGUUUUGGAAUAUAUCAAAGGAAUGCUGAUGAAGCCAUAAAAAGAUGAGUUUCCACAUGUGAGAAUGUGAAUAUUUCUGAAUUUGAAAUGGCAUCAUCAUCGUCCUCAUCAUCACGUUCAUCUCUUCUGGUUCUAACCCAAAUCUCAAUUCAGGAUCUGUAUUUGAAAUGUAUAAAUGCUAAAUUUGGUAUUAAAAGAACAAAGAUAAUGAAUGAAAAAAACUAUCUUCUUUCUCU